AUGAAAGUCUGGAAUUUCUGCCUCUUCUUCUCCUUUCUACUGCUGAGUUCAACCCUCGGAGAGGACACAGUUGCAGAGGACAUUGGUGUCCAUCAGCUGGAGCGUUUAGUGGAGAUGCUGACAUCUCAAGAGUGCGAGGACCUUCUGUUCGCCCUCUCUCACCCAGAGGAAAACAUCUUCCAGCACCUUGAGCGUCUCUCACCAGAAAGAAAUCAACUAGAUCUUAAGCCACGAACCAAGAGAGAUGCCUCCCCUGCUGCAGAUAGUGAGGCUCAGUGCCGGACAGCCCUGACGGACUGGAUGCUGAGGUACGGCAAGCAGACCUACUACGACAGGCUUUCUCGCGCCUUGCAGCACAUCGGCAGAACCGACAUUGCCAUUGAAGUGGGGAAGAACAUAAACCAGGACAAAGCCUUGGGCCUGAAACGCUACGUUGAAGAUUACCACAAAUAUGUCAACUCUUUAAACUUCCCACCGAAACAAUCAGACUCAAAAGACCAAGGGCAUAAAGCCCUGAGGGUCAGAAAGAGAAGAGUUAGGGAUCUGACAUGGCGUGACCUGGAUCUGAUCGUGGAGCGGGCUCCUGUCCCUCUGUACCAGAAGGGGCCUUUGGAUGUAGCUCUGCCCCUCUUGUAUGGCAUCCUGCUGGGCUUCGGAGGAACCUUGCUUGCAGGUUUCUGUAUACUUGUUAUUGUCAUACACAUCUCCCGUAGAAACCAGCAAACGCACGCCAGGGUAGCCAGCAGCAAGCUCAUUUUGGAAAAUACAGGUCUUAGUAGGUCAGAGGCUGCAAAAUAA